AUGGAACUGGACGUGGAUAUUGAAGAAUUGAUCGAUGCACUCUUAAUUGAAAUCGCCUUCUCUGGCGUUCGAGGAUGUUCCGUCUCUGCCUUGUUAAAAAAGAUAGGAUCUUUUUACAACGUUGGUCCAAGUAAGACUGGAAAUCCUCCUGGAGAGCGCCGUGGUGAGGGCGAUGAGUUGAAUGGCGUUGACGGGAACACUACCAUCUCCAACCACGAAUCUCAUAUUCAACAAAAUCCUAGCAACUAUGACAUUUCUAUUGGUUCGGAGGUUUGGGGUUGGUUGGUAGUAAGGUCAGACGUCUCUGUAGGUUCUAACAGGAGAUUCAAUCAUCUAUCACUAGAUGAGAUCCUAGCUCUUCCAGAAGAGCAAGAUCCUGAACCUUCUACAGAUGAUAUCAAAUCAACCAGUAAUCAAACUUCCACUCCCGUCAAGGAUAAACGCCGCGCACCAAAGAACUCGCGAGACGUAGAAGAAACUACUGGGAAGUUUAGACCUCGCCUUUAUGUUUCAGAGGAGCGUCAAUGGAAGACGCUUGCUGGACAUGGACCGGAUAGCAAGAGAAUUCCAUUAUUUGAAUGGAAGGCUCUUGUUGAUAUCGCAUCUACAAGGGAAAAUGGUAUCCUUCAAGGAGAUUUAGUUAGAUUAUCCGGCCAGGAUAAGCGCUCUCUCCCGACUCGAACCGACUCCCUUGCUAAAAAAGGGUAUAUCAUCAAACAACCUAUAAUUCUUCGAGGAUGUCGCUCCAGCAAGUUAUGGCUUGCUAAGUUUUCCGAGAGUGCGAAGAUGGGUCGUGAUGGCCUUAACUUUAACAAGGUCGAUCUAUCAAAGGAGGCCUUGACUAAAGACCUUGCUCCGGUCCCGUUUAGUGCUUGUUGGAAUGGCGAAAGACUUGAUUACAUAGCCGUCGCUCAAGCUUUCAAUGCUGUCCUCAAGGCAUGGGAGAUUAUGCGGUACUGCGACAUGCGAACCAAAUUAGACACCCGAGGCGUGCCCCAGAUGAGAGCAUUAGCAAAGACGUCGCGCUGGUUCACGAACAUUGGAGCGGCGACGUUUGUGGCCGCACGCUUCGCUAAUGGCCAGAGGCUAUUCAAAGACUGUAUCAAGUUUAUAAGGGAGCCGACAGCCGAGGAAUGGAGAGUAUUUAGGACUACACCAAGUGCUCAUAUAAAAGUCCCAUCGGCGCGCCUUGGGAAGCGAGGCCAGGCAUCCCGAGCUAGAUACAGCAAAGGCAAAGGGGCCCAGCCCAGCCCUCAUUCACAGGCGAAAAUGAAGAAGACCCCUAAAACUGAACGACCGGCGGAACUCAUGAGCCACGAGGAGCCAAUAUCAUUAUUAUGGAAUCCAUAUGAGCCGAUGGUUAACACAGCAUUCAAAAUAAUCGAGAGGGCUGGUUCGAACGGAUCCUCAAAUGCCAAGGUCGGUCGUAUUACAUUAGGACACACUUAUCGCAAAUAUGUCGCUGCACUCACGGCGGUAUUGUCACAAUCCAAUUCACAACCUAGCCAUCUACAACAUUUAGAUGUCAUCUCGCAGCUUACUCGUCUGGGGAAGACGAUGACCUACCAAUUUUUCUCUAGUAAUAACCAGAUUGGUGGUCCUUCUUCGGGACUUGAAAAAGAUGACGAAGCUCAAAAUCAGGAAACUGGGGCAUCUAAACAAACUGUUGAUGGGAAUAUCUCGCGGCAGGACUUGGUUGUUCCGCUGAAUAAAUUCGAGUUUUCAAAGCCUCUGUUCUCUAGGAUUGCAAAGACACCCAAAUCCUCGUUCUACCACAUUAAUCGUACCAUACGAAAAUCGACUCCGAAGUGGGGAGGAAAGCGGAAAAGGCUCCUGACUGAAGAACUUGGUAAGGAAACGAGCACGGAUAACCAGAAGCCUCCUAGCAAGAUGCCGAGGGUAGAAGAAUCCCCUUCAAUAAUUGAGGGAGAUGAGGAAAGGGAAAGGCCUGCACAUGAUCAGGAAACAGAUUUUCGUAUAGAUGAGUUUGAGGUGGUUCCCAUGGGAAGCUUACGAGAGCAAUCCCAUGACUCGGAAUUGCCAUCCCCCUCAGUUUCCCUUCCUACUCCACCACGUCGGCCUUCUCGACCGCCUGGUGUUUAUCGUGAACCGGACAAUAUGUUGGAUCCUCCUGGGAAGAAGGGGAGACGAAAGAAAUCACUCGUCAUCGCAUUCAGACACGAUGCUCUCAAAAACCCAUCCUUUUUAAAACGGCACGCAGGCAAUGAAGACGAUUCUGUACCUCAAACUGGGUUAGCACAUCCCGCAGACUCAAGUCAAAGUGCGUCCGCGUCUCUAGCUCAAGGCGAUUCUACCAUAUCAGGAGUACUGCCUGCAGAACCCAAACGGAAGGCAGGACGUGGUGGUAAACCAGAAUAUCGGUGUGAUAAGUGCGGCAACAGUUGGAAAAACUCGAACGGUUUAGAAUAUCACCUCAACAGAUCUCGAUCUACUUGCAAUCCUACUUUCGUCCCGCCACCUAUAGUGCCUCCCAAACCCCCUCGGCAACUCCCAAAGCCUAAGCCGGUACCUCGGGCCGAAUCAUCAGCUAUAUCCGACAAUCAGAACCAAGCUCGAACUCGAAACUCGCUACAAAGACAGAGUUUAGAUCUCAAUGUGCCCCAGGAUACCCCUGAUGUUGGGAACCGUCGCGUCUUGCCUUCCAAACGUACUCGUCCUCAUGAAUCCCUCACGCUUAACCUAUUUACCGAGGAUUUAUCUGGGAUGACGUCUGUUAGAGGAUCUGUUACCUUGCAGAACUUGGAGGCGUAUGAUAUUAUAGAUCAUCGAAGACGCCGAGGAAACGGCGGCCAGGUUGCAACGCCCAGUGCAUCUGCUAUGGCUUCUCAGUUACGCCAAGCAAGUCAAGCGUCGCCGCAGGUGAAGGAAAAAAGGCCCUUUAGGACUAACGAACAAGGCUCCAUACUCAGCUCAAUUCCGGGAGAACAUGUAAAUGUUGUCCCUAAGCCAAAACCCGAUUCAAUAGCCUCUUCACUGAAGCCCACGGUAUCUGGAAGCCUAGAAAAGGGUGUUCGAUCUUCGACCACCAAUCAUUCCGUCGCCGCGUGUACCACGGGAGACGGCCAAGGUAGUACGACAAUCGUUAAUCAAUCGAGCCAAGACAUACAAUAUAAUCAGAAAUAUACCCCAAAGAAAACUCCCAAGCGAUCUAACCCUACUGUUGGCACACUACGCAGGGAGCGUACCAACCAUAUUAUCCUGCAUUUGCUUGAUAACAAUGAUGGCGUAUUUCCCGGACAACGCUCUGUAUACCAGGCUAUGGUGUCUAUUUGGGCAAAAAGACAUCAUGACAUAGAACCUCCUGACUGGAAGGUCUGUCAAAACGUGGUCAACAGAAUGGAGAAAGCUGGCACAUUGAUACAGAUGCACUUCUGCUUCCUCAAUGAAAAAGGGAAGCUUGAAGAAUGUGUUGUACUUGGAAAGAGUAUUCCUGGAGAGACUGAUGCGGUGAAAUUAGCCGCUGAGCCCAAAGUAGUUAUCAUGAAAGAGAAAAUGCGAGAGAUGUUUCCGGAGCCGUAUAUCCCAGAAGCAUUUUCGUUAUCGCAGGAGGAAGGCGAACUAUUUGACGCACUCGCAUCACGGCAUAAAGAUAAUUCGCAAUCAAACGAUGUCCAAAACCUGCCCCGAAAGUCAAGCAUUACUGAGGACGUCGAAGUCCUACAAUACCCGGCACAUGUCAUGGUUGACGUCGCCGCAAAUGCAACUAGCUUGAAGAGGCCAAUGAACGACGACGUAAUGGCAGACACUUCCCCUACCAAAAGAAUCCGCAUUGACGCCUCCAUUACGUCUAAACCCCCAAGUGCAUUCAAAAUUCAGAAUCGACAUGACCGCCGUGACCACCGGGAGUAUUGGGAAGCUGGGAAAGUUGCAAAAUAUAUCUGGAACCAGAGCCAGAUCGAGAAAUGGAGCUACAAAACUGCCUGCCUUCAAGACUUUUCGACCGGAGCAUGGUCGGUCUUGCCCCAAGGGGCUCCUUCAUUGCAGUUCGACAUUAAUAAGGCAUUAUCCUCAUCCGAUAUUUCUCGCGAAAAUGGACUCAUUUCCAAGUUGCGUGGUCGUAACACGCUGAAGGCUACUGGUAAAGUAUCGAGGGCGAAGCCUAAGAAACAAUCAGGUUCAGCCACUCAAAAUUCUAGAUCUCCAGGAGGGGGCGAUCAGGAAUUCGGUAAUGAAGCGAUAAUUGGUGGUGCAUCUGAACAUCGUAAACUGGCGGAAGUAGAUCGAUUUGUGAAGCCGUCAAUUUCUACGUCAUUUGUACCUGAUGACUCGAUAUCUGACGAUGAGGACGAGGAUACGAUCAUGGUGGAUGCGCAGCAUGACGGCAUUGCGGACGAGGAUUUGAAUGCCAUCUCGAAUGAAGCUAGUACAAAGUUUGCGAAGCAUAAAGCAAUCCAGAGCAACGGAUCGGGUUAUUGGCCUUCGUUAUCAUCCAGCUUUUUCGAGAAGAACUCAAGCUUCGCGUUGCUUGGGAAUAUGCCAAGCACUAAGUGGUUCAUACGAGAGAACUUACCGCAAUGUGCCGGUGAUAUUAUCAAAACUUUCCGGGGGAAGUUUCAGUUCAACUCUUGGGCAGAUCCCCUGUACGGAAAAUUUUUGCGAGAAGUGAGCAUCAUCGAGGAAUGGGAGAAGUCGCCUGAUGGAUCUCAAAUCCUUUUACACGGAUCGAUCAUACCCGACUUUGAUUGUAUAUUCAUAUCCCUUUCCCCCGAUAUAUCAAGAGCGAGCAUGCAGCCUAUUGCUCGCACUCUCGAAUGGCCGCGCAAGACUCAGUAUACUGCGGAAAAUCUUCCAGACGACAUCAAAGACUCGCCGCCCGAUGAUGAAAAUGCCGGGGUGUCAAUCCCUAUCCGUCGCAAUAGGGGUAGACCAAGAAAGGAUUCAAAUGUGUCUCCGUCUAGAGAAAAGGUCAAACCCAGAGUACCCAAAACACCAAGGAAGGUCCAGCCGGAAAUAAUACCCCGGGUUGAAAUACAAUACAAGACAAGACAGUUCGGACCAAUUCCCGUUUUACACCGAGGACGUGUGAACAGACCAGCACCCAGCGAGGAUAAACUUGGUCUUAAUGGCGAGACCGACUUGAUAGCCGCAUUUGUGGUCUUCAAGACUCUUCUGGGAGGCGUGGAGAAGAAGGUAGAUAUUGGUUUAAUCCUGAAGACAUUCCCUCAGUACUCUCACUCGUUCCUGAGGAAAUUCUGGCCUAGGGUUAGUAAGGAACGCAAGACGUAUAUCGAUGCUUUGACGAAAAAGUUCCAAUCAUCGUUUAUAGAGGCGUAUGAAAAAGGAGAAGUCAAGCCUCUUAAUUAUGACGACCUCGACUCAUAUGAUUGGAGAUCGCUAGUUAUCUGGGCAACGAAACUCGAGACACACGAGAACGUGAACCUUCCCGAAUCCCGCCGAGCCUUAGAAGGAACGUACUGGUUGGAAGACCAAGUUAAUGAGAUUCGAGAUUGGAGGGAGACAUGGUUUCAAAGUUUAGCUUCCAUAUACUCUCGCGUCGAAGCAACCGCUAGCAAGCCUGUUUCCAUUCCCCUCGGUCGCAGAGCCACAGCGGAAGAAGAACUCAUAAGUCGCGCAAGAUCGUGGGUUCGCUCUCUGUGUAUUACCCCGAUAACACAUUCCAAGAUGCCAGAAGAAAUACGCGCGAAGCUCCUCAAACUGAUUGAUAGAAACGAGGCUGAAGCAAAUAAGCUGCUCAAGAAGGUUGUUGACCAACUCACGUCAGAACGAAUAGCGGCAAGAAGCAAGGGCAAGAUAUUUGGCCAAGCCUUAAGACUACACGGAGUCUUUGCGAAGCAACUUGAGAAGGCUCCUACAGUCGAGAAAUUUUACCAGGCUAUCAACUUCAAAGCAUCCCUUGACCAAGCGUUUCGCAACGGCGAAGAGUAUAUUGUACCGUAUCUUGCCAAUGACGGUACGAUUUUGGCAAUCAUUAAUCUGCAAGCCCAUGGCCGUGUUCGUGUGGAAUCCAUUGGUGCCCCCAAUAUCCCUUUUGGAUUCGAGCCUGGCAACUACGAUGGUAGAACAUUCCCGAAGACGUACUAUCACUUCAGCGUAAAAUUAUUGCCUACAGAGACCUAUUUGUUUGAUGAUGAUCUCCCUGUCCUCCACCUGGCAAUGCGUAUGGAGCCGCCUAAGGAAGGGCCUCGAGAUGAGAUACCCAUCUGGGUCGACUUCUUCGGAAACCUUAACAAAGGUCGAUGGAUUACGUAUCUUGGCAUGAUGGUUUUGGGAAUGGCGACCAAAGGCCCCUUAACUCCAGAAACUGCAAGCGUGCUUAUGAAGCCGUUUGUCGAACCGUUCGAAGCGAAGCUGAUUAUGGAUUGGUCCGAUAGGCUAGGUAUCUUGCAGCGCCUCGAGUCGGAUAAUAGUGCCACGGUGGGCGAGUGGUGGUGGUUGGUGGUUGGGAAGCUAGCGCAAGGAUAUCGCGAGGAAGUUAAUUUUUCAGAGCUUAGGGAGUGAGAAAUUGUCACUUGUAUUUUUAUUGCAUGGUACAGCAAGGAGCAUAACGAGGCGUUUGGAAGGCUACGAUAUCCCAUGGGCCUUACUUUAAGACUUUACUUGAUCUUUUCAAGAUACUGUAAGCCAUUUUUAAUCCAGGUACCUACGUAGGUAGUUAUCAGGAACUAUUCCACUGGAUUGUGCUUCGUACGAAGCUUCUGUUCUACAAUAAUUAAUUUUAUUAUGCUAA